AUGAUAAAAGGGCAAAUUAAGAGGGAGGUUAAAAAGAUUAAUUAAUAGUUAAUGUGGGGAAAGUAAAGGGACUCUUUUAAUUAAGAAAAUAAUAAACCUAAGGACACAUUCAUUUAAGAUUAGCAAUUGAUAAAGGAAAUUAAUAAAGUAAAAAAAAUAAAAUUAAGAGAAGGAUAAAAAAUAAAUUAAAUAAAUAAAUAGAAAUAAUAAAGGAAAAUGUUCGACAAGCUUGUAGUUAUUGAUGCUAAGGGUCACUUAUUGGGUAGACUCGCUUCUUACGUUGCCAAGGAACUUUUGAGUGGUCAAAGAAUUGUUGUUGUUAGAACUGAAGCUAUUAACAUCUCUGGCUCUCUCUUCAGAAACAGAGUUAAAUUCUCCGAAUUCCUUAACAAAUGGAUGAACCACAACCCCAGAAGAGGUGUUCAACAUUUCAGAGCUCCCUCUAGAAUUUUCUGGAGAGCCGUCAGAGGUAUGCUCCCUCAUAAGACCCCCAAGGGUGCUGCUGCCUUAGAAAGACUAAAAAUUUUCGAAGGUAUCCCCACCCCCUACGACAGAGUUAAGAAGUAAGUCGUUGUCGAUGCCUUGAAGGUCUAAAGAUUAAGAAACUCUAGACCCGUCUGCAAGUUGGGUGACUUGAGUGCUUCCGUUGGUUGGGGCAAACAAACCCUCAUCGAAAAGCUCGAAGAAAAGAGAAGAGCUAGAGCUAAAACCUACCACGAUAAGAAGGUUAAGUAAGCUGAUGCCAGAAAGAAGGAACUCGCUGCUCCUGCUCUUAAGGCUAUCAAGGAUAAACUCGCCUAAUUCGGUUACUGA